CUGACGGUAACGGACCGGGUAGAUGUUGCUUGGAUAUUAGGAGUGGAACUGGGGUCUUAGGGCGACUUAGCUUUUUACAAGGGGAUAUAACAGCGCGCUAGCAAAAAUGGCGUCUGAAGUUGUGCUUGCUCUCCCCCACAAGCUUCGUGUGAUGCGCAUGUAUCGGACUGGUCUCAAGGAGCUGAUUAACUGGAGCUCUACCCGGCAUGAGUGGUAUCCACGGGCAUAUGCACUGCGACAGGAGUUUGAGGACAACCGCAACUUGUCUGACCGCGAGGAGAUUCGCAAGAAGGUUGAGCAUGGCGAGGAGCUGCUGGCGCGCUUCCGUCACUGGGAGCCGCUCAUCAAGCCCGAGUUCAUUGGCGGCACGGCUUACUCCAUUAACCCGGCCCAACCCAAGCUCAAGUUUGUGCCCAACUAUGACUACAUGGAUGAGUACAAGAAGGGUGACCACCUGUAAGCAGCGUCCGGCGAGGGCGGGGUGGCAGCGGGACCUGGCUGGCGCUAGGGCGGGUUGCGCUUGGAGGCGCUGCAGCAGCCUCGGCGCAUCAGCCCUAGCGGCGCGUCUCAGCAGGAACGGGAAAAUAGUCCAGCAGCUGCAGCAUCGGCGUCGGAGUGCGGUAGCGUCUGCAUGGCGCACACGACUUAAGAAUGCUUGGAUGGCUGCUGGCGUGCUGGGAGUACGGCUGCUUGGUUUACGCGCUGCAGCCAGGGUGUUGUGAUGCUGCGCAUGGUAGCGUCAGGCGGCAUGCUAGGGCCGGUGCUUGGCAACGGUGAAUCCGGACGAGCAGGAGCUUAGGCUCCCUUGUGGCCCUGAGAGCACGCGUUAAGGAGCUUCAUGCAGGGAGCUGCGGAGAGACUUGGUAGUGAAUGUGGCCAUAGCUUUACGGCGACCGGCUUUCUGGGGUGUUGAACGCUUAGGCGUUCUUGGCUUACUUGUUUAG